AGUAGCAGUAGUAGUAAUAUCAUCAUCAUCAGUGUAACAGAGAGACCCCUGGCAGUACUGAGUGUAUCUCCACAGAACUGGCUGACUGAAGGAGACUCAGUGACUCUAAGCUGUGAGGUUACAGACUCCUCUACAGACUGGACAUUCAGCUGGUACAGGGUUGUUCUCUCAAGAGACAUUAAUGGUAAUAUCAAGCAUAAAGUAGUGCUUCUCUCAGACAGCAGCAGAGGAUCUGGAGGCUCCUACACUCUCGAUCCUGCUGCUCUUAAACACACAGCGGUUUAUAUGUGCAGAGGAGAGAGAGGAGAACCAGCCUUACACAUACAGUACAGCUUUCCACAACCACUCUGGAUAACAGGUGAAUCUCUUCCAGUCUCUCUGAUCAUCAAUCCCAACAGAACUCAACACUUUACUGGUGACUCUCUCUCACUGAGCUGUGAGGACCAGAGUAACUCUACUGGAUGGACAGUGAGACAUUACACCCAGAAUCGGGGACUGUUAUUUUGUUCACAGUGGGGAUCAGUUACGGGAUCUAGGUGUAAUAUCAGCCCCCUUUCCACAUCUGACACUGGAGUUUACUGGUGUGAGUCUGAAUCUGGAGAAAACAGUAAUCCCGUCAAUAUCACAGUGCAUGAUGGUGAUGUGAUGCUGGACAGUCCUGUCCAUCCUGUGACUGAGGGACAUCCUCUGACUCUACGCUGUUUGGAUCACAACACAAAGUCCGCAAACCUCCAAGCUGAUUUUUACAAAGAUGGAUCAGUUCUUCAGAAGCAGACUACAGGAGAGAUGAUCAUCCAUAAGGUCUCAAACUCAAAUGAAGGUUUCUACCACUGUAAACACCCAGAGAAAGGAGAGUCCCCAAAAAGCUGGGUCUCAGUCAGAUGUGUUAAAGUUCCAUUCUCAGUGCUCAUGCUGGUCAGUAGUUUAAUGACGGCCUUCCCGUAUCUGCUGGUGACCAUCAUUCUGUUGCUCAAAUGUUACAGAGCUCAAGAAAGUCUUAAACCUGUUGUAACCAUAAAACCUGAUGAGCAUGUGUACAGUGGAGAGAGAGUUACUUUCAAAUGUAACAUACAAGUUGGAGAAUCCAUUAUGUGGACAAGCAGCUGGUAUAAGAAUAAUAAGAGUCUUCACACAGAAGGAGAAGACAGAGUCUAUACAGACAGCACAAUGCAGAAGAUCAGUAUCAGGUCUGUUAGAGACUCUGACAGUGGUGUCUACACCUGCAGAUUGAGAAAUGAAAAUCAGAGUUUGGAGAUCAGUGAUCCUGUUACACUAACUAUAUCAGAGAGACCACGGCCAGUACUGAGUGUAUCUCCACAGAGCUGGGUGACUGAAGGAGACUCAGUGACUCUAAACUGUGAGGUUACAGACUCUUCUACAAACUGGACAUUCAGGUGGUACAAAUUAAUUCCAUACAGAGACAAUAAUGGCCAUAUCAGGUAUGACAUAGUACUCCUCUCAGACAGCAGCAGGGGAUCUGGAGGCGCUUACAUCCUCAGUCCUGCUGCUUUUAAACACUCAGGUGUUUAUGUGUCCAGAGGAGAGAGAGGAGAACCAGCCUUUCAAACACAGUACAGCAAUCCACACGCUCUAUAUAUAACUGGUGAAUCUCCUCCAGUCUUUCUGAUCAUCAAUCCCAGCAGAACUCAACACUUUACUGGUGACUCUCUCACACUGAGCUGUGAGGACCAAAGACACUCUACUGGAUGGACAGUGAGACGAUACACACACAGUGAGGGAGUGUUAGAUUGUUCACGGUGGGGAUCAGUUACAGGAUCUAAGUGUAAUAUCGGCUCCCUCUUCAAAUCCCACACUGGAGUUUACUGGUGUGAGUCUGAAUCUGGAGAAAACAGUAAUCCUGUCAACAUCACAGCACAUGUUGGUAAUGUGAUCCUGGAGAGUCCUGUCCAUCCUGUGACUGAGGGACAUGCUCUGACUUUAUGCUGUUUAUAUCGCAAUACAAAUUCCUCAAAACUCCGAGCCUAUUUCUAUAAGGAUGGAUCAGUUCUCCAGACACAGACUACAGAAGAGAUGCCCUUACAUAACUUCUCAAAAUCAGAUGAAGGUUUCUACCACUGUAAAAGCCAAGAUAGAGGAGCAUCACAGAAAAGCUGGGUCUCAGUCAGAGUAUCAGGUCCAACAGAUGUAGAUGUAGCUCCAUUCUCAGUGCUCAUGCUGAUCAGUAGUGUAGUGACGGCAUCUCCGUAUCUACUGGUGACUUUCAUUCUCCUGAUCAAAUGUUACAGAGCUCGAGGUGAGAACUCUCAGGAGCAUAAUAAUUUUGAUAACACAUCUCUUUAG